AUGCCUGGUGUUCCACCCGACGCUCUUGACCAAGUCAAGAAGGGCUUCAAGCGGUUCUUCAGCCUUCGCAAGAAGGCUGCUAAGAAGACAACCGAACAGAAAACCGAACCAGUCCCUGCUGAAACUGCUGCGACUGCUGCCCCCGUCGCUGCUGCUGCGACCAGUGAGACGGCUGCUGCGAAACCCACCGCCCCCGCUGCAACCCCAGACUCUGCCCCAGAUGCUGCUAAGGUUCCCGAGGCAAAGGACGCAAGCAAGGCGGAGCCUGCCACCUCUGAGAUGACGGCUACCGCCGGCCCUGUUGACACUCACUACGAGCCUGAGGCUGCCGCUGCCGCUGCCGCUGCUGCGCCAGCACCUGAACCUACUGCACAGGCUGAAGCCUCCGUUGCUAAGCCCGAGGAGCCUGCUACUAAGACUGAGGCCCCUGCUGCUGCGCCUGAACCUGCUGUGAAGUCUGAGGCGGCUGUCGCUAAGCCUGAGGAAUCCGCUGUCAAGCCCGAGGAGCCCGUCGCUAAGACCGAGGCCCCUGCUGUCGAGGAACCUGCUGCUAAGGUCGAAGAGUCGGCUGCUCAGCCCGAGGCCACUGCUGCUGCGCCUGAGGAAGCUGCCGCUAAGAUCGAUGCACCCGCUAAGUAG